CCAAUGAUGUUUGCUCUUGAAUGUGUAGCUCUGCGCUGGUGUGGUUGGCUCGACCAAGAGUGGAUCCGUAGUAUCGAGGUAGAAAUAGUCCGCCACAAGUACUGACUGCAAGCGGGGACAUGCUGGGGAUUGAGGCGGAGGACGAGCUGCACGGCUGGUUAGUCGAGGGCAUCUUCGCGCUGGGUAUUGUGACCUAUGUGGCUACGACGAUCAUCACAGCCCCCUACGGUCGCCACGCCCGCCCUGGGUGGGGGCCAACGGUGAACACACGACUUGGUUGGGUGAUCAUGGAGAGCCCGUCGGCCAUUUGGUUUGCAGUCGUAUACUUGUGGGGGAACCACCGGUUAGCCUUGACUCCUCUCAUCGCGGCAAGCCUGUGGGAAUGCCACUACCUGUACCGGUCCUACGUUUACCCAUUUCUGAUCCGCACACACAAGGACAAGCGGAUGCCGCUGACCGUCAUGCUCUCCGGGGAUUUCUACAAUAUUAUCAACGCUUACAUCAACGCUCGGUACCUCAGUGAGUUCGGCGACUACAGCGGGGACGACCCAUUUUCCCGCCCGUCGUUCUACGCUGGGGUCGCGCUCUUCGUGUUUGGUCUGUCGAUGAACAUCUACUCGGAUCAAAUACUGAUCAACCUUCGCAAGCCUGGAGAGAGUGAAUACAAGAUUCCUUAUGGGGGCCUGUUCGAGUACGUGUCGUCACCCAACUACUUCAGUGAGCUACUGGAGUGGACGGGCUGGACGCUACUAUCGCAAUCGCCUGCGGGUCUGUCGUUCGCGGUAUACACCGCCACGAACCUCGUUCCUCGCGCUCUCAGCAACCACCGUUGGUAUCAAGACAAGUUCCGUGGCGAGUACCCGACCAACCGUAAAGCCAUUCUGCCAUUCUUGUGGUGAGUAGGCUGAACGCGUUAACGUACCAUCAGCAAUUGUUGAUAGUGAUCUGCAGAGUACAUUUUCUUUUAAAAAGAAGAAGAUCAAAAAUCAAUUUGAUGCGCUUAGAUCAAAAUCAAAUUGAUAAGUAAGCUUGAAGCUGAAAAAGAGGCAAUUUACACCCUA